UACGUCGUCAAGCUGUGUCGUGAGCUAUGGGUUUACGUCAGGGGACAUUAGAAUGAUACAUUGCGCAUGUCUGUUGACCUAGUUUGAUAAAAGUUAUAAAAAGUCUAGGAUGUCCAUUCGAAACAACAGCUCGGCCCAGUUAGUAAGUCACACUAAGCACUAGAUCUACCAAGUCAAAGCAUGUCCGCAAGUCUGAAGUUGGUCUACAGUUACAUGGCUCUUUUUCAUGUGGCCUCAGCUGACAUUUACUCUGCCAUCAAGAGCUACUCGCCAGGUUGUCAGUUGACACUUUCUGACUUCUCUCAAAAUUAUACCCAAGCCGACUGCAGCAUCCUGACCGCCAACCAAGAUGCUUUCUAUAAUAAAGUCCAAGUAGGCUUCUGCACGGAACAAGAACUUGAGAACUUCACGGCGACGGUUUGUGGUAGGAGUUCCAGCGAAAAGUCCAUCAGUGAUGCCAAAACUCACUUCUACAAGGCAUUCAACCUUGUGUCUGAGAAGUGUCAGAGAAAAAGCAUCGACUGCGUCUUAACAUCCAUAGUAUCGUUAGUUUUAAAGCAACAAGAGAAUUACUGCUUACUUAUGAACUUCAGUGACGCCUCUACAGAAUCGUGCUAUACUUCUGGGGCUGACGCUUGCGAGCGAUCCGAAUACGAGCAGCUGAAAGUAGCCGCCUGCGCAAACAGAAAGACCAAUGCUGAUCAAAGAUUUUCGACGGCUUUGAUGAGUUUAAAUCCAGAGUGCCGGCAACAAAUCAACAAGUGCACCAGGACCAAAACGCUGUUUAUAGUACGUCAGAAAUAUUGCGAUGUUGUCAUUUCUCUACAGAAUACUGACAGCCUGAACGAGUGUAAUGGUCAAAUAACUGCUUGUGACCCAUCGGAAUUAAGAUCAUUGGAACAUGCCGCUUGCAACGCAAUAAAUUUGGCCUGGAGUUUUACCUAUGCUUGGAAUCUCAAUGCAAUAUUGCUGAGCUCAGCCCUUGUAGUGUAUAGUCUAAUGUGAACUAUCCUUUAUUUCCCUUAAAACUAAAAUAGCCUGUUUUAUUUAGCUGUGGUGCUAACCAAAUUUUGUGGGUAAUUUUGAGUUAUUUGGAAAUACUGAAAUGCUGUUUUUUAGUACUUUAAUAGAUUUUGUUUCGUUCUCUAGAGUUGAGACUUUAUCGUUUCUCCAAUAUCUGUAGGGCCAUUAGUGAAUUAUUUGUGAUAUUCAAUGUUAUACUUAAGUUAGGUCAGUUAUGAGAUAUUAUUAAAUGAUUUGCAACAGAA